AUGGCAAUGGGACCCGCCGAAUGCCUUCGAAGAUGGGAACGAAUGGUCAAACGUUCCUUCGUCCGAGCUCAAUGGCACGUUUACGGCCUUCUGCUCUGGCUCUUGCGGCGACCGUGGUUGCGCUAUGUGCCAUACCCAUAUCCUUCGGUUGGGAGAGUAGAUCAAUGGGAGCUUCAAGCGGAUCUCAUGGUCACCAACCGUUCUAUGUCAAAGAAGCACCUCAUCCGAGCACGUCAACUCAAAGCCUUUACGGCCCAGAAUCUCCAAGAAGUGCGAGUGCUUCGAGACAGAAUUGGAUGGGAACACUCAUUCGUGGAAGAUCCGAUGUUGGAAGGAAUGCUGUUGGCAAGACACUCCAAACGAGUGACUGCGAAGCUCAAGGCGGCAGCUCUGGCCGAGUCCAAACAAGAGGCCGAGCGAAUCCUUCAGAAGGGUCAGUCGGAGGAAGCAGCCGACCUCGUGAAGCUUUGUCAUGUCUUGGAUGUGGAGGUGGACCCCAAGGACACUGUGGAAGUCUUGAAGGGCAAGAUCAAGCCAAUGAUCGCCAUUAUGAAGUUGGACGGUCGACCUCCAGCCAAGGCAAAGAGCUCAGCGACAGCCCAAGCAUCGUCACCGGCAUCUCCCAAGCAGAAGCCAACAUCUCCAUCGACAGACAGCCACUGGUCCUAUCUCAGCUCCCCAGAAAAGGAGACGGUGACUCCAGAAGUGCUCAACAACCUCAUGAGCGGAGGACACCCCCAUGGAGCCGGAGACGGGAUCGUGAAUGAGUGGCGAGUUCACCAAGACUUGAAGAAAGGCCAAGCCACUUUGAUUGCACAGGCCUGGAAUCAACACGUCUUGGAUCGAAAGAAAGUUUCUACAACAGCUCGAGAGCUUCGACAGGUCAUGGAGGCGGAAUGGCAACAAACUAUGGCAGCUGGACAGAAUGAAGUCCUUGUGUCAUCCAUCGAAUUCCCCAGCGUGAUAGUCUCAGAGAUCUACACCAACUCUCAGAAUGUCAUGAAAGAAGCUCGUAGAAGGGGCCAUGGUGUUGGAUCAGCUCUUUCUCUUGAGACUGGCUGGGACUUCUUGAAUGCUUCUCACCGCAAGGCUGCGAUGGAAGAGCAGCCAUAUCUUCUGGUCCUAGCUUUCCCUUGUGGUCGUGUGCUCCUGCAGUUCGCUUUGGAUUUAGCAAAACUGCAACAGUCACAAGGGAGACAUUUCCUUUUGGAGAAUCCGCUUUCAUCAAAGGCUUGGACUUUGCCUGAGAUGGAAGAAGCCCUGCGCAAACUUCAUGCCUUUGAGGCCAAAUUCGAUCAAUGCCGUCUUGGACUUUCUGACGGCCAGGGCAAUCUCCAUAAGAAGCCCACGUGCAUCAUCACCUCGUCUGAGAUGAUUGCGCGGAUUCUCGACGGACUUCGAUGUGGGCAGGACCAUGAGCAUCGCCCCGUCAUGGGCGGAAGCAAGAUCACCUCCGCGGCUGGAAUUUACCCCAGAGGCCUUGCAAAAGCCUUCAUAGAUGGCAUUGAGAAGCAGUUUGUCCAUGAGCUCAAGACCCCUCAGGAAGUGCUGAUGGCAAAUCAGGAUGACCCACAUGGCUCCCAAUUGCAUUUGGAUUCGGAGUCGGAAGAGGAACUGGUGGAGGACAAGCACUCCAAGAUCCCAGCUGGAGUGAAACUAGCUGUCAAGAAACUCCAUGAAGCAACUGGCCAUCGAGACAAUCGCCGUCUCGCCCGGGCACUUGUCCUGGCAGGAGCUCCAACAGAGGUGGUUGCAGCAGCUAAACAACACAAGUGCGCUCUUUGUGAUGAGCAGAAGCCUCCAAAGUCACGACGGCCAGCCUCUCUUCCAAUGCCUCGUGACACCAGCGACCAGAUCCACUUGGACAUAGUUGAGAUCAUGAUGGCCAAGUUGUUGGCUCAUCGGUCCAGUGCUGAGAUCAUCAAGUUCAUGCAGGAGUCUUGGUUGCCCAUCUUUGGACCCCCAAGGGUAUUGGUGGCGGAUCAGGCGCGUGAGUUCAUCAGCCAUGAGUUUGAGGCGUUCUGUGGUGAACACGGCAUUCUCUUGUGGCAUGCAGGUGUUCAAGCGCCGUGGCAGAAUGGUGUUUGUGAACGUGGCGGAGGAAUUUUGAAGUGUUUGGUCACUACACUCGUCAAGAAGCACUCCAUUGUUGAUUUUGACGAGAUGAGUUUGGCAGUGCAAGAGGCAGUCACGGCCUACAACCAUGAUGUGAAUGAGCUGGGUGUCAGUCCUGCCCAGGCAGCACUAGGCAAACAACCUCGCAUGACUGGCGAUGUGCUUGGUGGAUUUCACAAUCGACUUUCAGAACAUGGAUUGGUUGAUAGUGUGCCUCAUUUGAGCCGGCGCAUUGCACUCAGAGAGACUGCGAAGGUGGCCAUGUUACCAUGGGAUUGGAACCAGGCAACAUUGUUUAUUUUUGGAGAGAGCAAGUACAAUCCCAAGGGUGGAGUCUCCAAGAAGAAACUUCUCCUUCGUCGAUGGCAUGGUCCUGCGUUACUGGUUGCAAUUGAAGGUCAUGCAAAUGCCUAUUUGAGCUUCAAAGGGCAGCUCACAAAGUGUGCUCUUGAACAUGUGCGACCAGCUUCAACUAUGGAGCAGAUUUCAGCAGAGACUUGGAGGGAUGCAAUUGAGGAAUCAGUUGAGAUGGCGCUUCAAGAUUUGGCCAAUCAUCCAGAUGUUCCUCCUCAACCUUUACUUGCACCGCCGACUCCAGCUCCUGUUGCAGCAUCAGUGCCUGUAGGGGAUUUGACUUCAGUCCCUGUCAGUGCACUGGCGGCAGCUUUGCAGCCUGGACCGACUCCGGCACCUUCAGCCGUCGCUGGAGAGAAUGCAAGCUACUCCGAGAGUCGGUCGAGACGUUCAAGUUUGAUGAGUUCUGUUCCUAGUGAUUCUGUUCCUGUUCAGCAACAAGUGUCCGGCGGUGGUGAAGUUGGAGGCGGUGUAGCAGCUAUGUUGGAUGAAGCCCGCAGACUUGAUGCUGUUUCUGAGUCGGUGAAGAGACCUGCAGAAGUUCCAAUUGAGACGCUCCAUUCGUCUCAGCCUGGACUCCCUCCUGAACAGCCUGGUGGUUCUUCACAUGCUCAUGAUGCUCUUAGCUUGACUCGUGACCAGCUUCGAGCCUUGGCGGAUGAAAACAACAAGAAUGGUCAUCCGUUGAUCAGAGUUCAAGCGUUGGCAGCUUUGGACAUGUUGGACCCGUUUGAAAGUCAAGUUCAUGACCAUGGAACUUGGCACGGAUCAUGGCCUUUGCCUUCACGAACCGAAUGGAAGGUGAUGGAGACCCUUGGCAUGAAAUGGCCUUGUGGGCACAAUGAGGCCUAUGCUGUUCAAGCUGCGCGCAAAGAGUACAAGUGGCAUGAGAUGAAAUCCGCGGACGAGCCCGCGUAUGCAGAAGCAGCAGUUCAAGGUUGGAAGGUUUGGACAGAAAACGAUGCUGUUCAGCUUCUUAGCAAAGAGGCCUCUGAAAGAGUGGUAGCAUCGUUGAGAGCUCGUGGUGAACUCCACAGGCUGCUUCAACCUCGUUGGGUUUUCACAGACAAGAACGAUGGACUUCGAACCAGAUUUCAAGAUUUACCAGUCAGGGCCUCAGCCAGACUUGUUGUCCCUGGCUACAGAGAUUUGGAAGCUUACAACAUCCGCAAAGAUGCUCCAACGGCAAGUAGGAUUAGCCAGCACAUGAUCUUCAUCUUCACAGCUUGCAAGUUCAAGAAAGGUUGGCGUUUGAAAUCCGCUGACAUCAAGGCAGCGUUCAUGAAGGGUGAAGUUUUCCAAUUGGGCGAGCGGGAGCUCUACAUUCUCAACACCAAAGGCACGAAUGGCGAGCCUCAGCUACCUUUUGAAGCUGGCUGCAUUGGAAAGUUGAAGAAGGGCAUUUUUGGACUUUUUGAUAGCCCUCGUCGUUGGUAUCUCAGGUUGAAAAAAGCUUUGCAGAAACUGGGUUGGACGCGAUCCAAUCUGGACUAUGCACUCUGGUUUCUCUGGGGCAAUGAUGGCGCUUUGAAAGGUGUCAUCGCAUCGCAUGUUGAUGAUUUGCUUUGUGGUGGCGAUGAAGAUGCUAUGAAGUCCCUUGACAAGUUGGGCGAGGAGCUUGGCUUUGUUUCUUUGGAAAGUGGUAGCUUUCAGUACUGCGGCAAACGAAUUGAGCAAGGCAGUGAUGGCACGACCACCGUGUCCAUGAAGGAAUAUCACUCCAACAUGAAAACAGUAGCCAUUCCAGUUGACCGCCGUCGACAACCAGAUUCGGAGCUCAGUCCCUCAGAACUGAAACAGCUUCGUGGUUUGCUUGGCUCACUGCAGUGGUUAGUCACCCAAGUGCGAUUUGAUCAACAAUAUGGUUUGUCGGUUUUGCAGAGCGAAAAGCCUCGAGUGAGCACCUUGGUGAAAGCGAACGCUUUGGUUCGACGCUUCAAAGAAGAUUCAGACUUCUCCCUUGUUUUCAAACCGUUUGACCUCACGGACUGCGGUGUCAUGGUGGUGACGGAUUCGUCAUUGGGCAAUGUGCGCCAGGAUGGAAGCGUGGGUGAAGAUUCUUUGGAGAAGGUGUUUUCACAGUCUGCAUAUAUAGUUUUGCUGGGCGAUUCAUCUUGGAUGGCUGGCAAGACUGGAAGCUUUGGGGUGGUUGACAGCCGUAGCCACCGCAUCAGCCGAGUGUGCAGAUCGACGUAUGGCGCUGAAUUGCUUGGGGCAGAGGAGAGCUUUGACAUUGGACAAUUUGUCCGUGGUGUUGUGUCAGAGUUCCAAGGAUUUCCUGUUCUUGGGCGCAACGUAGACUUUCUGACCGAUGCUGUUGGUUUGACUGUUGUGACGGACGCGAAAGACGUCUAUGACCGUUGUGGCAGCGACACGAGCAGCUAUGGAAGUCAAAAGUCACUGGCAUUUACCAUUGCUUGGCUGAGGUACAUGCUCCAGCGUCCCAACACGCUGUUGCGAUGGACUGCGACGCAAAAUAACUUCAUUGAUGCUGGCACAAAGGACAUGGCAGUGGAUCAUAUGCAGAAGAUCAUGCGAGAGUGUGUCUGGAAUGCUUGCUAUGAAGCUUCAUUUGUCAAGCAGGGGAAAACGAAAGUGAGCAAACCCAAGAUGACAGUGAGCGCGCUUCCGGGAAUUGAGAUGAAUGAGGCAGAUCCCAUGUACAGGCAUGUGAUUCAGUUAGGCGAUGUGACUGGAUGGCACCAGAAGCAAGAUUGUGUGAUCCAGGUAGCACGAAAUGCACGUUCUUUUAAGACUCCAAGGCCUCGUUUUGCAUCUUCUGAUUAUCCUGUGCGAAGUAGCUUUGGCCGAUUUGACUCGCCAACUGGUGGAACCUGGCGACGCUUGGAGAGCGGUGUACAGUACGAAGAUCUGGCCAACCCACAGGGAUUGAUUGGCGCAACGGCGUCGAUCCUAAUCAGUUGUUUCCAUCACGCCAAAGUUAACAAAGAAGAAGACCUGCUGAAGAAUCAGCAAUUGACCUUGGGUGAUGUCACAUAG